CCCUCUGCUGGGAGGGAACCCAUGACCGAAGCCGAGAGGGGAGGGGGGGCUUGGGCUCGGACAAGGUGUGUGUGACAUGUCUCUCGAAGAUCCAUUUUUUGUUGUCCGAGGCGAGGUGCAGAAGGCGGUGAACACGGCCCGCGGGCUGUACCAGCGCUGGUGCGAGCUCUUGCAAGAGGACGCGGCGGUCGGACGCGAGGAGCUGGACUGGACGACCAAUGAGCUGCGGAAUGGCCUGCGCAGCAUCGAGUGGGACCUCGAGGACCUGGAGGAGACCAUCGGCAUAGUGGAAGCCAACCCAGGAAAGUUCAAGCUGCCAGCUGGAGACCUGCAGGAGAGAAAGGUGUUCGUGGAGCGGAUGCGGGAGGCAGUCCAGGAUAUGAAGGAUCAUAUGGUCAGCCCGGCAGCUAUAGCCUUCAUGGAGAGGAAUAAUAGAGAGAUGCUGAUGGGCAAGCCAGCUGCCCAAAAGUCAUCCGGGGACCUGCUGGAUGCCAGCAUGGCCUCAGCCACCUCCCGUUACAUUGAGGAGCAGCAGGCCACACAGCAGCUGAUCAUGGACCAACAGGAUCAACAGCUGGAAAUGGUGUCUGGGAGCAUCCGGGUUCUGAAGCACAUGUCGGGCCGUGUCGGGGAGGAGCUGGAUGAACAGGGCAUCAUGCUGGAUGCCUUUGCUCAUGAGAUGGACCACACCCAGUCCCGGAUGGAUGGGGUCCUCAGGAAGAUGGCCAAAGUAUCCCACAUGACAAAUGAUCGCCGACAGUGGUGUGCCAUCGUUGUGCUGAUGGGGGUGCUCCUUCUGGUUCUCAUCCUGCUCGUCGCCCUCUGACGCUGGCCCGCCCCAGGGCGCCGGUCCCUGUAGCUGCGGAAGCUGGCAGGGCCCUGUCCCCUGGGAGAAGGGGCUCCUUCCUGGAGAGUUGUCUCAAGGUUCUCAGGGGACCCUGGGCCACAGCCCCUGCCACUGGUCCUGUCUCAAGUUCAAGUGUGCUUAGGAGGUGGUAGAGGUAGGGGAACCUCAGACACACGCCUCUCCAUUUCUACUCUGGUGCCCCAAAGCCAUUUGCUCCUGUGCCUUCUGCGUGUGCCAACUUGAAAUAAAAUCCCAGUUUAUAUAUAUAUAUAUAUAUAUAUA